AUGGCAGCCGGCAGAGCUCUCUUUGCCUUUCCUUCGGCUGCAGGCCACAUCAAUCCCUCCCUCCCACUCUGCCGGCGCUUGGUGGACUUGGGUUGGGAGGUCGUCUACUUGGGAAUACCGGAAUUUCGAGAUGCGAUCGCUGCAGCGGGUGGAAGUUUCUCCGACUUGAACGAGUUGGGGAAGGAGUUUGGGAUAGAAGAUGUCAGGGGCAUGAUUGUUGGCACUCUGGCAGACUACGGCCCCGAUGCUCGGGCAUGGGCCCUGAAUUUCGGCAGCAUUGCCCUCCAGAAGCUGCUACCGAUGUACAUUUCCUUUCUGCAGCGCUUGGCUCCGCAACUGGUGGUCUACUGCCCUGUGCUAUCGCAGGUUGCCCACCUUGCUGCUGAGCACCUGAAGAUUCCGGAUGUCUCGCUGCUCACCGCAGCCGGGCCAGGAUACUGGGACGCAGCCUUUGCAGCACACGGCGGCUCAGCGGAAAGCCUCGUCGCUGCAAUCAAGCUCAACAGCGCCAACUCCGCAGCUGUUGAAGGGGUGCGUUCGGUGCUGAACCGCCCAGAGCUGUCUCUGAACACAGCCGAGCCGCUUGUGAAUGACUACUACACCACGGUGAAUUUGGUGACCACCGUCCCCUUCCUGGCCGACAAGUUGAAUGAGAAGGACGCCUCCUUCUAUGAGUCGGCCGGGAAGAAGUUCGAGUUUGUUGGCCCUCUUCUCGCUCCAGAGCUGGCUGGCUCUGAGCCACUGGGAGCCACGGAGAGGUCGACGGAGCUCUUGGGAAGGAUCGAUGCAGCCAUCCUGCAGGGACAGGAGGUGCUGUACGUGUCUAUGGGCACAGUCCUCACGAGCAGCCAUGCUGACUUUGGCUGGGCUGGCACUGCCGGCAGCGCCAUCACAGGGAAGGAGAUGUGCAACGCCAUUUUCCGCUGCCUUUUCAGUGAGCUGGCUUCGACCCAGCUGAUGAACCCGGCUCCCUUGAUCAUUGUUUCCACAGGUUCGCAGCCCGAUGCCUUGGAAGGCAUCGAAGUCCCAACGAAUGCGUUCUGCGCUCCGAGUUUGCCACAGGUCGAAGUCCUACGCAGAGCGAAGGCAGCCCUCUUCGUCACACAUGCCGGUGGUACCCCCAGAUGGGGGGUUUCGGGUUUGGGCUUGGGGCUUUUCCAGUGCAAGACGAAACAGACGCAAAAGCGAGGAAGCACCAUGAGCCCCAACGGUGAAGAUAAGAUCGGCUUCUUCACGUCCACCCUUCCUUCAACCCUAAACCCCUAA